UUUUCGUCUGGGUUUCAUCUUCUGAUUAUCUCCUCAAUAUCAAGUUGACCAAAUUUGUACAAUCCAGUGGGGUUGUUGAGGUAGAAGACGCAACAUCCGUUCGCCACCAAACUUCACAGUUUCACUCAUCUACAUACCUGGGCAUGAUGAAAGCCCGGCACGGCCCUCUUUCUUCAGAAUUUCGAAGUUACCCGUUUCUCACUGGUGAGGAAUUUGCUGAAGUCUGUCAUCAUCUUGAGAGGCGAUACUGUCAAGCAACUCUCGGCCCAGUCAGGAAACGGUGGAAGCUCAGGGUGUGCUCGGCGCUCAAUACGUCCUUUAGCCUAGGUCCCGAGUACAACACCUAUGUCCAGAUCGUCCGCCCCCUGGACGGCGAGCUAGACGAUGGCGACCUGUCCAUGUUUUUGGACAGUUUCUCCUUUGACGACCACACAGGCCCGGCAAGGAUAGACACGGAAGCGGAUAGCGACAUGACGGAGGCGGAAGAGAUUGACGACGAGGUGAGGACCCAACUGCCUCCUGAAGAUGGGCCCGUUCUAGCAGUCUCACAUAAUCCCAAGGCCGCACUGCCACGGAAACCAAGACCAGCCGUCACAGCCGGCUACGUCAAAUACGAAAUACAUCUGCAUCCGACAUACCAAGCGCCAUGCCUGUGGUUCAGCUUGCACGGUCUCCCAGCUGAUGAGCAAACUUUCCACAUCGAUACGGUGUUCCGACGCCUUGUGCCGGAUCAGUACAAGGACGGACUCCGCAGCGGCGGUGCAAUCGGCGGCAUUUCGGCCGACGUACGUGCUCUUGUCUUGUAAAUUCGACAAACCAUUCUGCAGCAUCAUCCGGUCACAGGUGUUCCUUCCUUUUUCAUCCAUCCAUGUCUCCUUGGUGAAGCAAUGUCGAAGUUUGACUGCUCCAAAGAGACCUACUUGAUGGUAUGGCUCGGACUCGUCG